AUCCUCCACCCCGGCGUCUGUCUGCCUUGCCGCAGCUUGAGACCCUAGGCGGCGUCCUUCUCCGGCCAUGGCGGCUUCAUCCAUAUACGCUCCGGAUCCAUCGGUCAUUCAAGAUACGCGGUUUGUUGCACUUCUGUCACAGCGAGAUGUCAGCAUACAGAUACCGGUGAAUUUUGUAACACAACCUGGAGUAGUCCUUGCCGCCGCGUGCUUUGGCAAUGGUACAUAUGAAGAUGCCGCCGCGGCCAGGUGCGUCUCGAAUCUGCUCGCCAGCGGAUUUCGUCGAAUAGCAGCGGAUGUAUAUUGGGACGCAAGUCGAAGCGUCUGGCAAUUGUGUCCCGUCGAGCUUGGUGCAGCUCUUGGCACUCUGACGAGCUCAACCAGUGUCGCCUCGAAUGCAGAGCCGACCGAGCGUUCAGCCUCAAGCGCAGAGCCCACUUCGAAUAAUGCUUCGCCCGCGAAUGAGAAGCGACAAGACAACGAUCAGCUCUCCCCCGAGACACUCUCCUCCUCAAUCAUGACCUCGAGCAUAGCGAGCGCAUCUAGAACAAUUUCCGUCGGCGCCGAUGCCACCGCCACGGCCGUGACAGGGACUUCGACCUCACCAGGAGAGCAAGCAGUGUUCCAAAUAGGUCCAUACUAUUGCUCACCCACGACAGACUUCGACAUGCUCAUGGAGAUUUUCCAUGGCUUCUUCGACGCAACCGAGACCAACUUGAAUGCCACCACCCUUGUGCUCUCAUUGCAUGUCCACGCAGCGGCGCCCGCCAGCGCACCAUUGGGAAGUGCACGACAGCCUGCAGAUGAUCGGCUUCCGGACUCGGACUCCUUACUCAGCGCACGUAUUGCGGCCAACAACUCUCAAUACCUGUACACUCCAACAGAUCUUCGUAACCAGAGACAGAACCUCAACAGCAGUCAGAGCUGGUUCACAGUACCCAUCACCCAGGAGCCCGACUCUUCAUACUUUCAAGUCGAACAAUCCGGAGGUACAACCUCAACUCCCGACGGCUGGCCCAGCGAGAGUUACAUUGAGAUAUCCAUAUAUCGUCGACUGAUGGUACAAUUCGGCAACAUCGACCCGCAAAUGUCCUCUUACAACUUCGACGGAGAUGCCGCAACCAUCUUCCCAUCCGACUACCUCGCCGCCACCCCUCCCAUCUCCGCCUCCGACACCGGCGCCCUAACCACCGGCUGCUUCUUCGACCCUUCCAUCACCACCAUCUCCACCUUGAACUCCUCCUGGGCCCAGAAUACAAUCGGCAACGACUCCUCGCCAUUCUUCCCCUCCCUCCUCGCCCUUGCCUCCAACCUCACCUCCUGCGGCCUCUCUCCAAUCCUAAACACAACCUUGAACUCCUCAACCGCCGACCGAGACCCCUCCACCUACCAAACCUUCGCCACCUCCGCUGGAAUCUGGUCCUGGGCUCCAUCCCAACCCAUCAACGCCUCCUCCUCCAUGGCAACAGCCAACCAGCGCUGCGCCAUCCUGAACGCCACAUCAGGCAGAUGGUCCGCUUCCGACUGCGACUCAUCCCGCCACGCCGCCUGCCGUGUCGGUCGAGAGCCGUACGUCUGGCGCAUUUCCCAGGACGGCGCGCCAUACGACCGGGUCGAGCAAGCGUGCGACGAGGAUGAUCUGGACUUUGACGUUCCGCGCACGGCGCUCGAGAAUGCUCACCUCCUCUCCGUAUGGCGGAAUUAUCUCGCCGACCACGACGACGACGGCGAGGAUGCAGAUAGAGAUCUGCUCUACCUGGACUACAACCAACUCGAUGUGGCGGGUUGCUGGGUGCAAGGCAGCAAUAGUACGUGUCCGUACCUUUCGCCUGAUGACAAUGAGCAGAGGAGACGGAUUGUGGUUCCUGUUGUGGCGGCUGUGAUUGUGUUGGGACUGGGCGUGUUGACGACGUUGGUGAAGUGUGCGGGGAAUCGAAGGACGGCGAGACGGAGGAGGAGGAGAGGGAGGGAUGGAGUUGGGGAUUAUGAGGGGGUGCCGAGUUGA